CUAUUUCACUGACGAGCCAUCAUCGCCACGCCAUCAACCUAGUUCGCCUCGUCUUGGAACUGCUGUCAAUAAUGGUGAUGUGACGCGUCUACUUAGGUUCGCCGUGCUGGCCUAGUACUCACUUUCGCCCAUAGACGUCAUCAGACGAACUACUAUCGCUCUGUGGAACCGUGUAGGCCGUAUUCGAUGCUCUCCCGUGCGUUUAGACGAGUCUUGCGCCAUAUACACCGGUCUGGGCGGACUUCUUCGUUAUUCUCUCUGCAGCAGUUAGAGCAGCAAGCACCCGUUUAGCGCUAGUGCUCGGCCUUGCUCUUGAUAGUAAUCGUCCUUUCGAGCUGAGCGGUUCUUUGUCACCCACCUUGCUUCCCCUCAACGAAACUGAAGAAAUUUGUUAACUUUUAGUCGUCCGACUGAAGAAAUGUCGCGAAUCUCGGUCCUUAGAUUAGUCGUCGGGCUCCUGCUUUUAGCAGUGGUAUUCGAAUCGGCUCCUGCGUUGGUAUCUGGGGCGAAAUCCAAGCUACACCCGUCGCAAGCGGCGGUGCUGGCUGUACUGGGCAAGGGGUGGGGCCGCACUUUCACCAACUGCUCUCAAGCCAGCGGGCUGAUCUGCGGCGGCAAUGGCAUGGUCAUUCAGAUGUCGCUCAACAACUCUCAACUCGUUGGGACCAUUCCAUCAGUCAUUGGCAAUCUCUCUCUCCUCCAACACCUCAAUCUAGGCGUCAAUCAGCUCACAGGGCCCAUUCCAGAGUCUAUAGGGAAUCUCACCAACCUCUCCUACCUAGGCCUCUUCAACAACCAGCUCACUGGCCCUAUGCCUCCAUCCCUUGCUGGCCUCUCCAAACUGCAAACCUUAACGCUCUCUGACAACCGUCUCAACGGCUCCCUGCCUGAUGCCCUCGGCAAGCUCACUGCACUCCUCCGACUAAAUCUGGACAACAAUUCACUCUCGGGCUCCCUUCCCGCAGCAAUCUCUGCUCUGUCCCUCCUCACUUACCUGAGCAUCUCUGACAAUCUCCUCAACGGCACACUACCUGACAGCAUUGGCGCUCUUUCCGCGUGCCAGAAUCUUGGUCUGGCCAACAACACUCUCUCGGGUUCGCUUCCUGCGUCCAUUGGCAACCUCACAAACCUUGUCACACUGGGUCUGACCAACAACAGCCUCUCUGGUCGCAUUCCCGCCUCCAUCUCGUCCCUCGGGAAGCUCGAGAAGCUGAACUUGGGCUUUAAUCUCCUCUCUGGCGCCUUGUCAAAUGGCAUCAGGCGCAUGACUGCUUUGACCAGGAU